AUGAAACCAACAACAACCCUCCUCCUCACCGGCCUCCUAGCCCUCGCCACCGGCACCCUCGCCGACAAAACCUGCACCCCGAGUUUCGAUUACUGCGCUAAUAAGCUGUUGAGUUCGAAGGGAUUCACGGAGAAUGACCUCAAGACGGCACUGCAGGGGACCGGGCUGGAGAAUGACGAUCUAGCGGAUAUCUUGUUCCAUUGCAAGAAUCCGGGGGAUGUGGGGCAUGCGCAGCUGUGUGCGGGGGGUUGUAAGGAUCCGGCGACGGAGGGGAGUCAUGGGUGUUCUGGUUAG